CACUUGAACCGUAGCCAUUUUGAAAAACGUAGUGCGAGUGAAGUGGACCGAUAUGGAGACGCUAUCGAAAAUAAUAGUAACAAAAUACUUUCCAGGGAUUGAAUGCAUCAAGCCAAGCGAUCGUCUCACGGACGACGAGUAUCAGAUCGUGAAGAGAUGUACGCUGGACGAUUUACUCGGGACCGAAUCGAAUCCGGCGGGACUGGAACAGAUUUGUGAAGGAGAAAAAGUGCAGACAGCAGAAUAUUACAAACAGAAAGAAAAAAAAUUUCAACGAAAUCUAGUGAAACUCCAUCGCAAGCCACCGAAGAGUCCCCGAAAGCGUCGCGUCGUUCCACCAGUGGUGCCUUCUACGCGCGAUAAUCGUACGGUUGCUAAUGAUGAUCAAUCUGCAGCUCGCGAUCAGCAGCUUGCCCCUCAUGAUGGUCAGCCUCCUACUCAUCCGAUCGUGGCGGAAGAACUACAGGAACCGAUUCGGUCAAAUGAGACGAACAUACCACAACAUGAUCCAUAUCAGCUGCCGGAAGAAAUUGCACCACUGGCAAUUGUACAGCCGUUGGCAUUGUUACCCGAAGAUGAAAACUUUGGCAGUAAGGAUGUGGACGGGGCUCGAGAUUUUUUGCAACUGUGCACCGGAGAGGAGUUGCCACCGAUGUCGCUAAGAGAAUCACUGACGCGCCAAAUGGUAAUGGCCCAGUUUCCCAGCAUUCCGAAGGUGGCACCGUUGGUGGACAACUUUCAAGAGCUGGACUUGAGAGGAAUCAACACACCCAUGUUCAAAAGGCCUUUACAGACCAGCACUCCGCUAGUGGCGGAUGCUGAGCAAGUUGCGCAACUACCGCUACCUGCACUGGAUGAUCUAAUUCCAGUGCAGGAAGCAGUUGAUGAGCAACGCGAUCUAACCGUUGAAGUUCAGCCGACAGCCACGGCUCAAGCGGUUCCUCCGUUAGCUCAAGCACUUCCGGCGUCAAGUCAAGCGCUUCCGGCGUUAGCUCAAGCGCUUCCAGUGUCAGCUCAAGCUCUUCCACUGGGAGACAGUGAAGAGCAAAGAAAUCUCGCGGUGGCACUGAUUCCGGCAGUAGAACGCGGUUCGUCAAGCGGGGACUCAGAAACACCUGCACCACAACCAAGACGCAUCCGGCGAGAGGUCGCAUUUACAGGACGACUGGAACCAUUCCCAACUAGCGUACCGAUGCCAAAGCAAAGACGAAUUUUCGAUAUUUUUAGUUUUCCUUGUCCUACGAUCUGGAACAAAACGAUACAGGAUGUUCAAACUCAACUAGCGGAACGCUUUAAACUUCAGCAACUGCGUGAAGCAGCUACUCUACGCGAAGCGUUGGCAGAACCGAGGAAGGAUUCAGGCUUCCAGCAACAGUUGCACGAAGUUCCCAUUUUGCGAGACGCCUUGGCGGAUCAGAGGAUUGAUUCGGGUUUCCAGCAGACAAUGGACGAAGCGUUCCGCAAUAUUCCUCCAGCAAAUGUGACCGAAACAUCAAAUAUACUAGCGAAUGCCCAUAUGGAAGCUGAAGCACCGAGCAAGCCGGAUUCGAUACUGACGUCGGAUCUGAUUGCGACCAUGCAACCGAUCGAUCUCGAUCAACCGGGUUCAAUUGAUGGAAAGUUGCUGGAAGUAUCGGAUCGUGUCCAUUUGAAACCACCAAGUACAGAAACACCGUCUUUCAGUCACGAGAAAACAACAGUGGAUAAAGGACCACCAGCGGUAGAGCCUAUUCUGUUACUAGAGGAAUCGACGAAAAAUACCGUCGCCGAACCGAUAGCCGCACAGCAGCAGAAGAAAUAUCCACGGAGGAAUGCUAAUAAGCAAACGGUGCAAGGCGAAAUUGAUCCGAUUGCGGAUAUAAGCUCGGUGCUAUAUAACCAAGCGCAGGAACUGGACGCAAUUCUUGAGGAAGAUGAGACUGAGGAAGAGGCCGAGCCACUGGAUCCUACUAUCGUCGAUAUACUGAACGUUUUACAGGGUGAAUUAUGCGAUGGGGAAAGUGAUUCGGUUUCGAUAGAACGAUUAAAGCAAUUGUUGCGUAUUGGUUCCGCUUUGGUAGCUGCGAAAAUGUUCAAAAAUCUCAUCAUUUUGAAAAUGGCCGGUCUGCUGGAUAUCGAGACGAGCUCUGAACUUCGCAUAACAAGUGUUAGUAUUAGAUUACCGCAGGUAGCUGAUCUUGAUAUACCUUAAUUACCUCGACUGAGGUAUAUAUUUGAUACUUCAUUAUAUGACAGCUUAAAAGAAUAUUAUCAUUUGAUUGGGUAAAGCGAUGGAAGAUAUUUAUUCAGAGAAUAGGCAAUUAGUUAACAUUAUUAUAUUAUGCUUAGAUGGACCCAUGUUCCAUUCCAGAUUAUGUUAUUUAUAAUUUUAUAUCUAUAUUUAUUUGUCACUAUGUACUGUAUUAUUAAUUUUCACUAGUAGUUUUCUUUCCUUAGUAAAUGGAAAUCUCCGAAAUUGAAGAC